UCUCUGCACUUGAAAUGUCAUGGAAGAGGUGAUGUUUUACAAUGGAUCUGAGGGUGAAGAGCUCACUCUAAUUAAUACUGAAGGUGGCAUCAUGUUGGAGCAGGGGGCUCUCACCUACACCAUCCCUGACCAGCAGCAGCAAGCUCAGCUUCAACAGCCACACCGAGUGCAACAACGUCAACUGAUGCACCAGCCCCUGUACAGCUUGAACAACCAGCAACAAUAUGUGUUUCAACACCAAGAUACUCCUGUGGUUGCGCAGCAGCAGCCACGCCAAGUGCAACUAAUGCUACAGCAGCCAGCAUAUAUGUACAGCCAAAACAUCCAGCAACAAAACCAAGCUAGUCCUGUGAUUGUGCAGCAGCAGGGGGCUGCAGGUGAGUGUCACGGGGGUGCGGGGGCUGCAGGUGAGUGUCAUGGGGGUUCACCGGGCCGGCCUGGUUGGGACGGGCCCAAGGGAGACCCAGGGGACCCGGGGGGACUAGUGGAGGCUAUGAAUGGGGACAUGGGGGAGCGGUGGCCCGAUGGCAGCCCCCCGGACUACGAGCUCUUGGAGGGAGCAACACCUGACAAUAACAUGGGCAGGCAGCUUAUCCAGUACGUUCCUACUAUACCGCGACAAGUUCAGCCGUAUCGAUAUGGCCAGGAAGAACCAAAGAUGGUUUAUUUAAAUCAUUUCCAGCAGCAAGGUGCUCAGCAGCAGCUCAUUCCUGCACAACUCACGCAGCAGCAAGAUGGUCAGCAGCCUCAGCAAUUUGCUCUUAUUCAAUCGCCAGUGAUGGAGCUGGCCCCUCACACUGCAGCGUCAGGACCUGGCCUAACGACGUCAGGCGGCGUGGUGAGGCCUCACCUGCGUCACCAACAGGUCGUCAUGGCCGCGCCGCCUGUGUCGUCGUGUCAACAGCAUAUGCAGAACCCUUCUGAAGACCCGCGUCCCCUGGGGCUCCCUAGGGUACGGCGUCCAGCGCCUGGGCAGGGGAUGAGAAAUCCUGCUAUGCCCAACAGAAUGCCUCGUUGUGCUCAGCCCGGAAUUGAUCCUUCCAUGCACCCCAAGGAUCCUGGAUCCCCUCCACCCUCCACCCAAAGGGAGAACCCUCCCCCAUCAGCUGACCCCUUGGCCAAUGACACCUCCCUGCACACUCAGAGCUACAAUCAGCAACCUGCUCUGCAUGCCACCAACACGACUUUGGUGCCAACCCAGCAGCCUCCACCAUACACGCCAUCUGCUCAGCAGUCAACUCAACAGAUGGCGUGUCAACUCAAGCAGUCAACUCAGCAGCAGUCAACAGAAAAUUCACUCAACACAAGCAGUCGAUGCAGUACACCGGAAGUCCUCACUGGCAUCGGCAACACUCUUAUUAGAUUGGCUGUGGAUUUGGAAC